AUGUCCGAACAAGAAGGCUUUAAAAAACGGGAAGAAUUAAUCAAUAAUUACAAAAAAGAACUCAAAGAAUUUGGCAUAUUAUCUAAAGGAGUACUUAGAGAAUUAGUAUUAUCUAGAGAAUAG